GAGGGCCGACUGUAUUCAGCAUUGUGUUAACGAGAAUAUCAAUAAGAUAUAGUUAAUUAUAUCUACCUAACUUAAGCUUGUUGGUUACAAUUUCCCAUGCUACUGUUUUUGUGUUAUGUACUACCAUUCAAUUACUGCUUUUUUCACAUGUUGCUGGAAAUUCUUAAUAAAAUGCAACCUAUUCCCUGAAAUUUUUUUAUUCAAUUAAAUAUAUUCAUUUAUAGAAAAAAAAAAUCCCUAAUGUAUCGUAGAGCAAUCGGUAUUGAUUUAGGAACGUCAUACUGCUGUGUUGGUGUUUGGCAAAAUGAUAGAGUUGAAAUUAUUACAAAUGACCAGGGUAAUCGUACAACACCAUCAUAUGUAGCUUUCACUGAUACAGAGAUUCUUAUUGGAGAAGCGGCUAAAAAUCAAGCUGUUAUGAAUCCACAUAAUACUGUAUUUAGUGUUCAUCGUCUCAUUGGUCGUAAUUUCAAUGAUCAGGACGUCCAAUCUGAUAUGAAGUAUUGGCCGUUCAAAGUCAUCAACAAAAAUGACAAACCAUUUAUUAACGUCGAAUACAAAGGCGAAAAGAGAGAUUUCACACCCGUAGAAAUUUUAUCCAUGUUAUUGGUUAAAAUGAAAGAAACCGCAGAAGAUUAUCUUGGUAUAACAGUUAAAAAUACUGUAAUUACAGUUCCAGCUUACUUUAACAAAUCUCAACGUCAAGCUAUAAAAGAUGCUGGUUUGAUUGCGGGUUUAAAUGUACUUCGUAUCAUUACUGGACCAACUGCAGCGGCUAUUGCUUACGGAUUGGAUAACAAAGCUCCUGGGGAACGAAAUGUUCUUAUCUUUGAUUUGGGUGGUGGCACUUGUAACGUCUCUCUAUUAAUUAUUAAAGAUGGAAUUUUUGAAGUAUAUUCUGUUGCUGGUGAUACUCAUCUUGGUGGUGAAGAUUUUGACAAUCGUCUUGUAAAUCAUUAUAUACAAGAAUUCAAAAGCAAAUUUAAGAAAGAUAUUUCUUCUAACAUUCGCGCUAUUCAUCGUUUAAGAACGGCAUGUGAACAUGCAAAAUGUAUACUUUCAACAUCAACACAAACUUCCAUUGUAAUUGAUUCUCUUUACGAAGGUAUUGACUUCUAUACCUCUUUGACACGUACCAGAUUUGAAGAAUUGAAUAAAGAUCUGUUUCGUUCUGUCAUGAAACAUGUUGAGAAGGUAGUAUUUCAGGACGAUAGAAUUUAUAGAAUUGACAAAAGUCAAGUCCAUGAAAUUAUCUUGGUUGGUUGUUCAACGUAUGUUCCCAAGAUUCAAAGGAUGAUAUCUAUAUUCUUUAAUAACAAAAAACUAAACAAGUUUGUUAAUCCUGCUGAAGCUGCAGCCUACGGUGCUGCCGUACAAGCUGCUAUUUUAUCUGGUGAUACUUCUGAAAAGACUCAAGAUCUACUUUUACUUGAUGUCGCUCCUUUACCUCUGGGUAUCGAAACUGCUGGUGGUGUUAUGACACCAGUUAUUAAACGUAAUACUACAGUACCCAUUAAGAAAUCUGAAAUUAUAUCUACAGAUUUUGAUAAUCAGUCUAGUGUAUCAAUUAAAAUAUAUGAAGGUGAAAGUACUCAAACAAGAGAUAACAACUUUCUCGGAAAAUUCGAAUUAUCUGGAAUUUAUUCAGCGCCAAAAGGUGUUCCACAAAUUGAAGUUACCUUUGAUAUUGACUUAAAUGACAACUUGAACGUUUCUGCUGUUGAUGAAACAACCGGAAGAUCAAAUAAGAUUAUUGUCACUAAUGACAAAGAACGAUUAUCGAAGGAAGAAAUCGAACGCAUGGUUUGUGAAGCUGAAAAAUAUCAUGUAGAAAGAAAACAAUAUGCACAAAAAAUAGAAGCACAAAAUUGCUUGGAAUCUUAUGCAUACAAAUUACUUGACGUAGUUAAAGAUAUUGAUGAUAUAAAGUAUAAACUUCACGAUGCAGCACAAAAAUCAAUUACAUGGCUUGAGAAUAACCCAGAAGCAAGGAAGGAUGAAUAUGAAAAUGAACAAAAAUUACUUGAAGAGAAUACUGACCUAAUAAUAAAUAAACUUUAUAGCUUAAAUAUUUUCUCUAAUUCAAAUGUUUUAUAAAGUUUUUAUUAAAUACAGAAUAAUAAUAUAUAUUUAGGUAAAUAAAUGAUUGCUAUAUAAAUAAUUUUAAAUUAUUUUAC